GCCCCGCCAGUCCGGUGAGUCGAGUGUAGAGAGCAUAGGGCCUAGGCCAGAAUCGAACCGCCGUUGGGUUGGCUCUUCGGUACGGUGGUGGCUCUGUCCGACUGGUGACCAACCGUGGUCCGUCCGUCAUAUUCCCGGUUUGAAAGCAAGGUUGCGACUAGUUGUUGCGACGCAGGAAAGUGUAGUGAUCUGUGUACGGAGUUGCAAACGGGUCUGCCGGCCAUGGAGAAGCGGAUAGAUCUCGAAAAACGGGGAAGAAACCCCGGCGAAAUCAAAGAACUUGUUCUUGACAAUUGUCGAAGUACGACUAUUGUAGGUCUAACAGAUGAGUUUGUUGCAUUAGAAUCGCUAAGUCUCAUCAAUGUGGGUCUUACCAGUCUAAAAGGCUUCCCAAAAUUAUCAAGUCUUAAAAAGUUGGAACUUAGUGACAACAGAAUUUCUGGUGGCUUAAACCUUCUCCAGUCGAGCCCUAAAUUAACUCAUCUUAAUCUUAGUGGGAACAAGAUCAAAGAUCUUGAUGCACUUCAACCUUUAAAAGAGUUUAAGAAUUUAAAGAGCCUGGAUCUCUUUAAUAAUGAAGUGACAAUUUUGGAUAAUUAUAAAGAGAAAGUUUUUAGCCUUAUUCCCAGUCUUCGAUGUCUUGAUGGAUUUGACACAGACGAUUGUGAAGUAGAUGACAGUGAAGGAGAGGAUGAUGAAGUAAAUGGGAAUGAAGAUGGAGAUGGAGAUGCCAAUGAAGAAGAUAGUGAGGAAGUUUCAGAGGAAGAAGAGGAUGACGAUUUUGAUGAUGGUGGUGUAGGUUUAGAAGCUGUAUACAAGGUUGGGCUUGAAGAUGAAAGUGACGAAGAUGAAUUCCUUUGUGAUGAAGAAGAAGAAGAAGAUGAUGAUGACAAUGAAGAUGAUGAACAAGAUGAAGAAGAAGAAUCGUGUCCUGCUCGAGGUAAGAAGAGAAAACAUGAAGAUGGAGGAGAUUCAGGGAACUAGAACCAUAAAGAGCAGGUUUUUUGAUGCUGUUAAAUGAGUGUAAAAUUCAUAUAAAUAAUAACAAUAAUUGAGACGCCGAGUGAACACCUGGGAAUCAAACUAAUUGACCGACCAAUGACAGACUACAGUUAGUGGUGUGAAUUUAUCAGUAAAUCAUUGACUGACAAAUUGUCUGUGGAACAACAUAUGAUUACCAUUGCGGAGAAGAGGAAUGUGAAUGAGAACGAAAAAGAGGAUAAUGAUGGCAUAAAAUAGGACUGCAUUCCAGCUGGGCACAGCGCGUUUUAGUUAUACUAACGAUAUUUUAUAUAGAGUAUAUAGUUAGAGUAUUAGUGGUGUUGCAUAGGGGGUGGAAGAUCAGAUAUUGAAGGACUUGAAAAAGGCAACAGUGGAGUUUUACACUUGAAGGAGCAUAUUUGUCUGUUAGCUCCAGUCGGCCAAAGGCUGGUCACGCUGGAAUGCAGUCAUCGUUAAUCAGUACUAAGGUUACAUAAGUUACAUUUUAAAUACAUUAUUAUUGUACCAUGAAUAAGUAUAGAGUAAAUGAGGAACAACUUUUGUACAGGUUUACACCAUACAUUGAGGUGCAUUACGCCUCUGUGAUUUUUGGGACAGAAAAUAAAGAGAUAAAUAUAUGUUGCUCAUGCAUUGAGCUUAUAUCUAUGAAAGACGUAUUAAGAUAGGAAUUUACAUAAUAAGAA